GGCUAUAUGACAUCAUAAAUCUGCGCCGCGCUUUUGCGCCUGUUAUGAAUUGGCUGUAAAAGUGCAGGAAAAACCCACCUGAGAUCUGGUGACACACUAUUAUAAAGAUGGCGUUUAUUAAAGAGGAGAGUGAAGACAUACAGAUUGAAGAAGCAUUCGGUAUGAAACAUGAAGAUACUGAGGAACAAACAGACCUGAAGGCACUGAAAGAAGAGAGUGAAGAACUGAAUGAAAUGGAAGAAAACAACCAGAAUAAGGAAAAACAUUUCAGUUGCUCACAGACUGAAAAGACUUUAUCACAAGAAAGAGGUAACAAUUCUAAAGGUAAUUUCACAUGCCAACAGUGUGGAAAGACUUUCAAUCAAAGUAGAAACCUUAAAGUCCACAUGAGAGUUCACACUGGAGAAAAGCCAUUCACUUGCCAACUGUGUGGGAAAAGUUUCACUCAAAAAGGAAGCCUUAAAGCCCACAUGAGAGUUCACACUGGAGAGAAGCCAUUCAUCUGCCAACAGUGUGGAAAAAGGUUCAAUCGAAAAGCAAACCUGGCAAUCCACUUGAGAGUUCACACUGGAGAGAGUCCAUUUACCUGCAAACAGUGUGGAAGAAGUUUCACUCAAAAAGGAAGCCUUAAAUCCCACAUGAGAGUUCACACUGGAGAGAAGCCAUUCAUCUGCCAACAAUGUGGAAAAAGGUUCAAUCGAAAAGCAAACCUGACAAUCCACUUGAGAGUUCACACUGGAGAGAGUCCAUUUACCUGCAAACAGUGUGGAAAAUGUUUCACUCAAAAAGGAAACCUUGACGUCCACAUGAGAAUUCACACUGGAGAGAAGCCAUUUGUAUGUGGUCAGUGUGGAAAGAGUUUCAGAUUUACUGUAACUCUUAAUCACCACAUGAGGAUUCACUCAAGAGAGAACUGUUUUAUAUGCCAUCAUUGUGGAAAGACAUGCAAAAACAAAGCCAACCUUGAGGGUCACUUGAGAGUUCACACCGGAGAGAAGCCUUUCACCUGUCAACAGUGUGGAAAAGGUUUCGCACGAAAAGCAAAGCUUGAAGUCCACAUGAGAGUUCACACUGGAGAAAACCCUUUUACCUGUCAACAGUGUGGAAAGAGUUUCACUCAAAAAGGAAACUUUAAUGUCCACAUGAGAAUUCACACCGGAGAGACCCCAUUCACCUGCAAUCUGUGUGGGAAGAGCUUCUCACGAAAAGACCACCUUGGGAUUCAUAUGAAAGUUCACACUGGAGAGAAGCCUUUCACCUGUCCCCAGUGUGGAAAGAGUUUCAAAGACAAAGCAAGCCUUGAGAUUCACACGAGAGUUCACACUGGAGAGAAACCUUUCACCUGCCCUCAAUGUGGGAAGAGUUUCGCACGCAAAGGAAACCUUAAUGUUCACAUUAGGCUUCACACCGGAGAGAAGCCUUACAAGUGUCUUCAGUGUGAAAAGAGUUUCACAUAUCACAGAGACCUGAAAUGUCAUUUGCAAACUCAUUCUGGAAAGAAAUUACAAGCUUUUGAGUGUGGUAAGAAGCUUAAAAUUAAGAACAAUUUAAAAUCUAUGAAAAUUCAUACAAAUGUAAGACCAUAUUCUUGUUCUGUUUGUAGAAAGAGUUUUAAAUGGCCCAGCAGUUUAAAAUGGCACCAGAAAAUCUGCGUGAAAUCAAAUAUACGUUCACACCGCAGGUGAAUGUGGCCAAAAUAUUUUAGGCCUAACUUUUUAAUUUCAAAUACUCAUCUGAACAGGUGACAUUCCUACAAGACUGAUUUGUCCAUGUUUAAUUAUUUUAGUUGCAUCCUGCACUUUUUUUCUUUUUUUCUUUUGUCCUGUACAUAUGAAUGUGUGUGGCCAUACUCCAGUAUGGUUUAAUUCAGACAGGGGUGACAUAUGGAGUUUCCUUUGUCUUUUUUGUCAACAUACUGUAUAUCCAACGUACUGUAUUUGAGAGUAAAUCUAAUUAUUUUGUAGUUUUAAAAAAAAAGAUUGCAAAAUUCUUCUUAAAAGUUGACACCUUCUUAAAAGUUGACGACAACAUUAUUUGCAUUGUGUGUAAAUCUUUGAAUUUUUCUUUGUGCACUUCAAACACUUCAUCACAACAUCUUAAAAUCUUUUGGGAGUAAAGCUGCCUCUCAGAGGGUGGUCUCUACCCACCAGAAUAAGUCAUUUUUCUAUUGGUCACUAUCGAUUGACGUGACGGCAUGGCCACGCCCACUAUGUUUUCCCACUAGUGCCACCACUUGUCCGAGGCGACAUCUACAUUAAUCCAGAUACAUUUUAAAACAGCGUUUUCAUUUCAAAACGCUCUGUCCACACUAGCUUGAUCGUUUUCUGUCCUCUUUGCAGGACUGUGUUAUGAAGAGUGCAAAGUAACAUAUUUUAGCAACUGUGUAAAAGUCAAGUUAACUUUGUCAUUUUUAGCACAUUACAUGCCAAUAGUAAAAAAACUAAACAGUUCCUUCAGGGAACAAUGGUGACACACAAGGACUAAGAAAAGACAACAGUGAAUAUAGACAAUAAGUAUACAGAGAGGAGUUAAAUAAUACAAAUGCAUAAGGCAGUUUAUUGUUGUAUUAUAUCAAGAAAAUGCAAUUACCCUGCCUCCUUGUUUAGAUUUGGAUGUCUGUUGCUACACAUUUGGCCAAUGUAUUAAAUAUUAUUCAUUGCUUACAAUAUUAUUAUUUAUUUUUGUUUGUUUCUAAGAAAUGUAUGAUACACAUGGCCAGAGAUGUACAGUUAUUGUUAGAUAUGUGUGUGUGUAUGCCUGUCUAUGAGAAGGAGGAGCAGAACUGGACUGCUAGCACACAGAAGUGUGUGCUGGUCUAUGUGUUUGGUCAAGGACACAGGAAACUGCGGUUAUGCUCCUAGAACCUUAUAAGGACAUCAGCCAUCUUGGCUGAGUUUACUGGAGUUCAAGGACACAGAAGCCAGACAGCGUGCACCUGCAUGGCCUUUCCAGAAGGAUCUGGAAACUUUGGGAAAGUUUCAACGUACGUCAAUCAAGAAGAUAACCUAAUGUCUGUGAUAAACAACACGAGAAUAAAAGACUGAUGAGUUGUUUGCCUCUUCGGAAACAGAUAUGUCAGUACCCCCAACACCUAGAAGCCCAGAGCUGAGGAUAAGAAACCCCAAGCUGAAGAUGGGAAGCCCAGAGCUGACUACACCUUUGACUCAAAAGAGUGAUUACUGUGUUUUAUACCUUAAUGACGAAGUUUUAUUUGCCUUUAAAUUUGUUUAUUAUAAAAAGAAAAGUAACCAAUUAAAAUAAAUUUAAUUGAUUACAAAAGCUGCCUACCUUGGCUUGAUUUAGAGUGUUUUAAUACUUUGAACAAGAACAUAUCACAGAGGAGUCUUCUGACCAAAUUGCAAGUAAUUUUAAAUGCUUAUAAUUUAGGCCAGACACAACUUACUUUACCUAACCUGAGAAUAAUAAAUAAUAAGUUUAAAGCUGUUGCAAUUAAAAUACACACCACAGAACAAUAUACAUGAAGUGUUGCAGCAUUGAGGUAAGGGUUGUAGUGUUGAAGUAUUAGGUAAUAAAUAUUUAUAUACAGUAUCUCACAGAAGUGAUUACACCCCUCACAUUUUUUGUAAAUAUUUUAUUAUAUCUUUUCAUGUGACAACACCUAAGUGGAAAUGUCCAAAUUGGACAAAGUGUCAAUAUUUUGUGUGGCCACCAUUAUUUUCCAGCACUGCCUUAACCCUCUUGGGCAUGGAAUUCACCAGAGCUUCACAAGAGUCCUCUUCCACUCCAUGACG